AUGGCGCUUCCUAAAAUUUACCUUAUCAUUCCUAAUGAAGUUGAUUUAAUAUUAGCAGACAUUGAAAGAAGAGCAAAAAGGAAUGAAGAUAUGACAUUAGAAGAGUACUCAACGUUGAUUAAUAACUUCAAUAGUCCUGAUUGGAACGGAAUCUACAUUGCAACAAUGUAUGAAAAAACAUUGAAUAAAUACGAGAACGAUUGGAUUUCAUCAAUACGUUACAAUCAUGAUUAUACAAGAAAAGCAAAGUCGAUUUACACAGUCUUGAUGUAG